AUGAAAAAUAUGCGGUAUUUCUUUGUGCUCAGAAUACUCCUGGAAACCUCUUUAGUCAUUUACGACUUUGUCCUUGUUACAGAACAUCGAGGCAUUGUAUCUCCGGUGAUUGUGGAAAAUUCAGGAGCAGUCACUGUAGCGCAAGACGAAGGAGCCGCAUUAAUAUGUAUAGCUCAAGGAUGUCCAGCACCAGAAUACAGGUGGUACAAUCAUGCAGGUCUGGAGCCUAGCCUUAUUAUUCCUGGUCCUAGAGUUCGCCAAUUGGGACCUGUAUUAGCAAUUGAAGCAGUCAAUACCGAGGACGGUGGCGUCUACCGGUGUUCGGCUUCUAAUGCAGGAGGCGAAUCCAGUGCUGAACUGCGCCUAAUAGUUUCUACGACGUUGCACGUCGAAAUUUCACCGCCUCUGCUGAGCGUUCAUAUGGGCGGAAGCGCAGAAUUCAGAUGCGUAGUUUCUUCUCAAAGUGGCGGUCCACACUUAGUAACGUGGUACAAAGAUGGUCGACAACUUCCUAGCACCGGAAGGGGCUCUAGCGAGACGCUCAUUGUAAAUAAUAUCGGAAGAGAAGAUCGAGGAAUGUACCAGUGUGUCGUACGAAGAGCGGAAGGUGAUACCGCCCAAGCUGCUGCCGAACUGCAACUGGGGGAUGCUCCUCCAAUUCUGCUGUACAGUUUUAUCGAACAAACUCUGCAACCGGGCCCUGCUGUAUCUCUUAAAUGUAGUGCUUCAGGAAAUCCGACUCCCCAGAUAUCCUGGACUUUAGACGGCUUCCCGUUACCAAGUCAUGGAAGAUUUGUAAUCGGACAGUACGUUACGGUUCACGGAGAUGUAAUUAGCCACGUUAAUAUCAGCCAUGUUAUGGUAGAAGAUGGAGGAGAGUACAUGUGUACAGCCGAAAAUCGAGCAGGAAAAAGUUCGCAUUCAGCGCGUUUAAACAUAUAUGUUCCUCCAAAAGUUAGCCCAUUCUACGCAGAAGACACUCUUCACGUUGGCGACCGAGCCAGCCUAACAUGUUCUGUAACCAAAGGAGACCUACCUUUGACAAUAUCUUGGCACAAAGACGGAAGAUCCGUAGAACCUGCUCAAAUGAUGUCGAUAACGCAGGUGGACCAAUUCACUAGCAUUCUGGUGAUAGAGAGUCUCUCUCCAGAACACAACGGCAACUAUUCUUGCGUAGUGAGGAACCUUGCAGCCGAGGUCUCCCACACACAGCAGUUGGUUGUUAAUGACGGGCUAUCAGAAGGCAUGCGUACCCGUACCGUCUGCGGUGUGAGUAAAGGUGAUCCACCCCUUGUGGUCUCUUGGCUCAAGGACGGUCAACCAUUGACGCCUAACCUCGGCGUCAACGUUUCAGCCCUUGACCCUUAUUCUAGCCUCCUCAGCAUUUCUAGCCUUGAUUCGAGACACUCCGGCGAUUUUACCUGCGUGGCCAGCAACCCAGCCUCAGAGGUUAGGUACACUGCGAAACUGCAGGUCAAAGUACCGCCGAGGUGGCUAGUUGAGCCGGUUGAUGUCAGUGUGGAACGCAACAGGCAUGUGGCUCUCCACUGUCAAGCUCAAGGCGUUCCUACACCGACGGUUAUAUGGAAAAAAGCAACAGCUAGCAAAUCGGGAGACUAUGAAGAAGUUCGAGAUCACAUGUAUACAAAAUUACUGGGUAAUGGUACUUUAUUGCUUCAACAUGUCAAAGAAGACCGUGAGGGAUACUAUUUAUGUCAAGCAGAUAAUGGCAUUGGUACCGGAAUUGGCAAAGUUAUCCAGCUCAGGGUUAAUUCUUCACCAUACUUUUCUGCCCCAUCCCGGCUUGUCACCGUCAAAAAGGGAGAUGCUGCGCUACUUCAUUGUGAUGUGAACGGUGACAAACCAAUUAAUGUGGUAUGGUUACGGGGCGGCAAAACCGAAUUAAAUCCGUCCACUAACUACAGAGUUAACGUUAAACAGGACGUAACGCCAGAUGGGGUUAAUUUCAUGCAUAUCUGUGCCACUGUUCUAAUUGGUUUCGUACGAGCUAAAUCAACUUCUUGA